AUGAGGCGCAGUAAAGCUGACGUGGAGCGGUACAUCGCGUCAGUGCAGGGCUCUGCCCCGUCUCCCCGAGAAAAAUCUAUGAAAGGAUUCUAUUUUGCAAAGCUAUACUAUGAAGCUAAAGAAUAUGAUCUUGCUAAAAAAUAUAUAUCUACAUAUAUUAAUGUGCAGGAGAGGGAUCCCAAGGCUCACAGAUUUCUAGGUCUUCUAUAUGAAGUGGAGGAAAACAUUGACAAAGCUGUUGAAUGUUAUAAGCGUUCAGUGGAAUUAAACCCAACACAAAAAGAUCUUAUCUUGAAGAUUGCAGAAUUGCUGUGUAAACAUGAUGUUAAUGAUGGAAGAGCAAAAUACUGGGUUGAAAGAGCAGCCAAACUUUUCCCAGGAAGUCCUGCUAUUUAUAAACUGAAGGAGCAGCUUUUAGAUUGUAAAGGUGAAGAUGGAUGGAAUAAACUUUUUGACUUGAUUCAGUCGGAACUUCAUGCAAGACCUGAUGAUGUCCAUGUGAAUAUCCGACUAGUAGAACUGUAUCGGUCAAAUAAAAGAUUGAAAGAUGCUGUGGACCAUUGCCAUGAAGCAGAGAAAAGCAUAGCUUUGCGUUCAAGUUUAGAAUGGAAUUUGUGUGUUGUGCAAACCUUAAAGGACUAUUUGGAAUCUUUACAGUGUUUGGAGUCUGAUAAAAGUAACUGGCGAACAACCAAUAGAGACUUACUUCUUGCUUAUGCUAACCUUACAUUUCUUACACUCUCCACUAGAGAUGUGCAGGAAUGUAGAGAACUAUUGGAAAGUUUUGAUAAUGCUCUUCAGUCAGUGAAAUCAUCAGUGGGUGGAAAUGAUGAACUCUCAGCUACUUUCUUAGAAAUGAAAGGUCAUUUCUACAUGCACUGUGGUUCUCUACUUUUGAAGAUGGGUCAGCAUAGUGAAAUACAAUGGAGAGCUCUCUCUGAGCUGGCUGCUCUAUGCUAUCUCAUAGCGUUUCAGGUUCCAAGACCAAAGAUUAAACUAAUGAAAGGAGUAGCUGGGCAAAAUUUACUGGAAAUUAUGGCCUAUGAUCGUCUGAGCCAAUCAGGGCAUAUGCUGAUAAACUUAAGUCGUGGCAAGCAAGAUUUUUUAAAGGAAGUUGUGGAAUCUUUUGCCAAUAAGAGUGGCCAGUCUGCUUUGUAUGAUGCUUUGUUUUCUAGUCAGUCACCUAAGGAUAGAUCUUUACUUGGUAGUGAUGACAUUGGAAAUAUUGAUGUGCAAGCACCAGAGCCUGACGAUUUGAGUAGAUAUGAUAUUGGUGCCAUUCGAGCUCAUAAUGGUAGUCUUCAGCACCUUACCUGGCUUGGUUUGCAAUGGAAUUCAUUGCCUACCUUACCUGCAGUUCGAAAGUGGUUAAAACAGCUCUUUCAUCAUUUGCCCCAGGAAACCUCAAGACUUGAAACAAAUGCACCUGAAUCAAUAUGUAUUUUAGAUCUUGAAGUAUUUCUACUUGGAGUUAUAUAUACAAGCCACUUACAACUAAAAGAGAAAUGUAAUUCUCACUACACUUUCUAUCAGCCAUUAUGCUUACCACUUCCUGUAUGUAAACAGCUUUGUACAGAAAGACAAAAAUCUUGGUGGGAUGCGGUUUGUAAUCUAAUCCACAGGAAAGCAGUACCUGGAACCUCUGCCAAAUUGCGACUUCUAGUUCAGCAUGAAAUAAACACUCUAAGGGGUCAAGAGAAACAUGGUGUUCAGCCGGCUCUACUUGUGUAUUGGGCACAAUAUCUUCAGAAAACGGGCAGUGACCUUAAUUCUUUUUAUGAUCAACGAGAAUACAUAGGCAGAAGUGUUUAUUACUGGAAGAAAGUGUUGCCGCUGUUGAAGACAAUAAAAAAGAAGACCAGUAUUCCUGAACCCAUUGAUCCUUUGUUCAAACAUUUUCAUAGUGUGGACAUACAGGUGUCUGAAGUUGGUGAAUAUGAAGAAGAAGCACACAUAACAUUUGCUAUAUUGGAUGCAGUUAAUGGGAAUGUAGAAGAUGCUAUGACUGCUUUUGAAUCUAUCAAAAAUGUUGUUUCUUAUUGGAAUCUUGCACUGUUGUUUCACAGGAAGGCAGAAGACAUUGAAAAUGAUGCCCUUUCUCCUGAAGAACAGGAAGAAUGCAAAAACUACUUGAGAAAGGCCAGGGAUUACCUAAUAAAGAUUUUAGAUGACAGUGAUUCAAGCCCAUCAGUGAUCAAGAAACUACCUGUGCCUCUGGAGUCUGUGAAGGAGAUGCUUAAUUCAGUCAUGCAGGAACUUGAAGACUAUAGUGAAGGAGGCACUCUUUAUAAAAAUGGUGCUUUGCGAAAUGCAGAUUCAGAAAUAAAACAUUCUACACCAUCACCCACCAAAUAUUCUUUGUCACCAAGUAAAAGUUACAAGUAUUCUCCCAAAACACCACCUCGAUGGGCAGAAGAUCAGAAUUCUUUACUGAAAAUGAUUUGCCAACAAGUAGAAGCUAUUAAGAAAGAAAUGCAGGAAUUGAAAUUAAAUAGUGGUAACUCUGCAUCCCCUCAUCGUUGGCCCACAGAGAAUUAUGGACCAGACUCUAUGCCUGAUGGAUAUCAGGGAUCACAAACUUUUCAUGGGGCUCCACUAACAGUUGCAACUACUGGCCCUUCAGUAUAUUAUAGUCAGUCACCAGCAUAUAAUUCCCAGUAUCUUCUCAGACCAGCAGCUAAUGUAACUCCCACAAAGGGUCCAGUGUAUGGCAUGAAUAGGCUUCCACCUCAACAGCACAUUUAUGCCUAUUCACAACAGAUGCACACACCACCAGUGCAAAGCUCAUCUGCUUGUAUGUUCUCUCAAGAGAUGUAUGGUCCUCCCCUGCGGUUUGAGUCACCGGCAACAGGAAUUAUAUCACCCAGGAGUGAUGAUUAUUUUAAUUACAAUGUUCAACAAACUAGCACAAAUCCACCUUUGCCAGAACCAGGUUAUUUCACAAAACCACCUGCUCAUGCUUCAAGAUCUACAGAUUCUAAAGUUAUAGAAUUUGGAAAAUCAAAUUUUGUUCAGCCCAUUCCAGGUGAAGGAAUAAGGCAGUCUUUGACACCAGCUCACACAUCACAACCAACUCCUUUUAAAUUUAACUCAAAUUUCAAAUCAAAUGAUGGUGACUUCACGUUUUCCUCACCACAGGUUGUGACACAGCCCUCUUCUACAGCAUACAAUAAUAGUGAAAGCCUUUUAGGGCUUCUAACUUCUGAUAAACCUUUGCAAGGAGAUGGAUAUAGUGCUCCAAAACCUAUUCCUGGACAAACCUUUGGACCUCGAAAUACAUUCAAUUUUGGAAGCAAAAAUAUGCCUGGCAUUUCGUUUGCAGAAAACCUGGGGCCAAAUCAACAAAAGAAUACUGGUUUUCGCCGAAGUGAUGAUAUGUUUACUUUCCAUGGUCCAGUGAAAUCAGUAUUUGGAGCAUCUGCUACAGAAUUAGCAAACAAGAAUCAUGAAGCAGAUGGAGGAAGUGCCCAUGGGGAUGAAGAUGAUGAUGGUCCUCACUUUGAGCCUGUAGUACCUCUUCCUGAUAAGAUUGAAGUAAAAACUGGUGAAGAAGAUGAGGAAGAAAUCUUCUGCAACCGUGCAAAAUUGUUCCGUUUUGAUACAGAAUCCAAAGAGUGGAAGGAACGAGGCAUUGGCAAUGUAAAAAUACUAAGGCAUAAAACAUCUGGUAAAAUUCGACUUCUGAUGAGAAGAGAGCAGGUAUUGAAGAUCUGUGCAAAUCAUUACAUAAACCCAGAUAUGAAACUGGCACCAAAUGCUGGAUCUGACAGAUCUUUUGUAUGGCAUGCCCUUGAUUAUGCUGAUGAGUCACCAAAACCAGAACAACUUGCUGUCAGAUUCAAAACUCCUGAAGAAGCAGCACUUUUUAAAUGCAAGUUUGAAGAGGCCCAGACCAAUUUAAAAGCCUCAGGAGCAAAUGCAGCCGUAUCAACAAACCAGAAUCUCAGAAUUGCCAAAGAACCGGCGAGCCAUGAAAACAAGGAUAGUGUUGAAAUUCAAAUUACAAAGAAAGAUGGGUCUUGGUGGCUUUGUAAUAGUUGCUCACUAAAGAAUGCUCCAACCGCUAAAAAAUGUGUUUCAUGCCAGAAUCUAAAUCCAAAUAAUACUGGCCUAUCAUUAGUUGAAACUGUUCCCAUUCUUAAAACUAACCUAGAAAGCACUCAAGAUAGAUUUGCAUCAGUGACGCCAAAGAAAGAAGGUCACUGGGAUUGUAAUACUUGUUUAGUAAGAAAUGAACCUACUGCAUCUCGAUGUGUUGCCUGCCAGAGUACAAAGUCUCCUGGCAAAAAUGGAUCUUCAUUUGUUCAGCCAUCUACCUUUAAAUUCGGUCAGGGAGAUCUUCCUAAGUCUGUUAGUAGUGAUUUUAGGUCUGUUUUUCCUCCUAAGGAAGGACAGUGGGAUUGCAGUACAUGCUUUGUACCUAAUGAAGGAAGUUCUGCAAAAUGUGUUGCUUGUCAGAAUCCAAGAAAACAGAGUCAGCCUACUUACCUUCCAGCAUCGUCCUCUUUUAAGUUUGGUACUUCAGACACAAGCAAGGCUCCGAAGAGUGGUUUUGAGAACAUGUUUGCUAAGAAGGAAGGACAAUGGGACUGCAGUGUAUGCUUAGUACGAAAUGAAGCAAGUGCUACAAAUUGUGUUGCUUGUCAGAAUCCAAAUAAACAGAACCAGCCCUCUUCUGCUCUUCCAGCAUCAUCCUCUUUUAAGUUUGGUAUUUCAGACACAAACAAGGCUCCAAAGAGUGGUUUUGAGAACGUGUUUGCUAAGAAGGAAGGACAGUGGGACUGCAGUGUAUGCUUAGUCAGAAAUGAAGCAGGUGCUGCAAAUUGUGUUGCUUGUCAGAAUCCAGAUAAACAGAACCAGCCCACUUCUGCUCUGCUUUCUAAUGCUCCAGCCUCUUCAGAUAUAACCAAGACAGCAAAGAGUGGAUUUGAAGGAAUGUUCACAAAGGAAGGAGGACAGUGGGAUUGUAGUGUUUGCUCUCUACAAAAUCAGAAUUCUUCCUUAAAAUGUGUGGCUUGCUAUGCUUCUAAACCAUCUCAUAAACCCACUGCAGAAACUCCUUCAGCUUUCAUGGUGGGUGCAAAAACUAAGGUAAAUGAUACACCAGGAAGUCAAGGGGGAACAGGAUUUAAAACUGACUUUUUAGAAAAAGGUUUUAAAUUUAGCAGUGCAGAUCAAGGUUUUAAAUUUGGACAUGUGGAUCAAGAAAAUACACCAUCAUUUGUAUUUCAGAGUUCUUCUGUUGCAGAUUCUAAAUCAACCAAAGAAGGUUUUAAUUUUUCCAUCCCUGUGUCAGCUGAUGGGUUUAAAUUUGGCAUUCAGGAGUCAGGAAGUCAAGAGAAGAAGAGUGACACUGAAAAGCCUUUUGACAGUGACACUGCUUUCCAGGCACAAGAUGUCAGUAGCCAAAAGGAUGGAAGUGGUUUGAUUUUUGGUCAGACUAGUAGCACUUUUACUUUUGCAGAUCUUGCAAAAUCAACUUCGGGAGAAGGAUUUCAAUUUGGCAAAAAAGAUCCUAAUUUUAAGGGAUUUUCAGGUGCUGGAGAAAAAUUAUUUUCUUCACAGAGUAGUAAGAUGGUUGAGAAGGCCAAUACUUCGGCUGAACUUGAGAAAGAUGAUGAUGCCUACAAAACUGAGGACAGUGAUGACAUCCAUUUUGAACCAGUAGUUCAGAUGCCUGAAAAAGUAGAACUUGUAACAGGGGAAGAAGAUGAAAAAGUUCUUUAUUCACAGAGGGUAAAAUUAUUUAGAUUCGAUGCUGAGAUAAGUCAGUGGAAGGAAAGGGGUUUAGGGAACUUAAAAAUCCUCAAAAAUGAAGUAAAUGGUAAACUAAGAAUGCUAAUGCGAAGGGAACAGGUACUAAAAGUGUGUGCUAAUCAUUGGAUAACUACUACGAUGAACUUGAAGCCUCUCUCGGGUUCAGAUAGAGCCUGGAUGUGGUUAGCUAGUGAUUUUUCUGAUGGUGAUGCCAAACUGGAGCACCUGGCAGCAAAAUUUAAAACACCAGAGCUAGCUGAAGAAUUCAAGCAAAAAUUUGAAGAAUGUCAGAGACUUCUUCUAGAUAUACCACUUCAGACUCCCCAUAAACUUGUUGAUACGGGUCGAGCUGCCAAGUUAAUACAGCGAGCUGAAGAAAUGAAGAGUGGACUGAAAGAUUUCAAAACAUUUUUGACAAAUGAUCAAACAAAAGUUACCGAUGAUGAGAGUACAAGUUCAGGUGCUAUAUGUGCUUCAGAUACAAGUAAGUCAAAUCCUGAAAGCACUGGGCCAACGUUAGAGUGGGACAACUAUGAUUUAAGAGAAGAUGCACUGGAUGAUAGUGUCAGUAGUAGCUCAGUCCAUGCUUCCCCAUUGGCAAGUAGCCCUGUGAGGAAAAAUCUCUUUCGCUUUGGUGAAUCAACAACAGGAUUUAACUUCAGUUUCAAAUCUGCUCUGAGUCCAUCCAAGUCUCCUGCUAAAUUGAAUCAGAGUGGGACUUCAGUUGGCACAGAUGAAGAAUCUGAUGUCACUCAAGAAGAAGAGAGAGAUAGUGGACAGUACUUUGAACCUGUUGUACCUUUACCUGAUCUAGUCGAAGUGUCUAGUGGUGAGGAAAAUGAACAAGUAGUUUUUAGUCACAGAGCAAAACUCUAUAGGUAUGAUAAAGAUGUUGGACAGUGGAAAGAAAGGGGUAUUGGCGAUAUAAAGAUUUUACAGAAUUACGAUAAUAAGCAAGUUCGCAUAGUAAUGAGAAGAGACCAGGUAUUAAAACUUUGUGCAAAUCACAGAAUAACCCCAGACAUGACUUUACAAACUAUGAAAGGGACAGAAAGAGUGUGGGUCUGGACUGCAUGUGAUUUUGCAGAUGGAGAAAGAAAGGUAGAACAUUUGGCUGUCCGUUUUAAACUACAAGAUAUUGCAGACUCAUUUAAGUAAAUUUUUGAUGAAGCAAAAAUAGCCCAAGAGAGAGAUUCUCUGAUAACACCUCACGUUCCUUGUUCAGUGACUCCCAGAGAGUCACCAUGUGGCAAAAUUGCUGUUGCCGUAUUAGAAGAAACUACGAGAGAGAGGACAGAUUUAAAUCAGGGAGAUGAUACAGCAGAUGCAACUUCAGAAGUUGCAGAAGUAUCUACCACAUCUGAAUCUACAACAAAAGCAGUGGUUUCUCCUCCAAAGUUUGUCUUUGGUCCAGAGUCUGUUAAAAGCAUUUUUAGUAGUGAAAAAUCAAAGCCAUUUGCAUUUGGCAACAGUUCAGCCACUGGUUCCUUGUUUGGAUUUAGUUUUAAUGCACCUAUGAAAAAUAAUGAUAGUGAAACUAGUUCAGUUGUCCAGACUGGAUCUGAAAGAAAAGUGGAAUCUUCUAGCAAAUGUGAACUGUCAAGGAACACUGAUCUCAAACUGACUUCAGAUGGCAAAGCCAGAAAUCUCAUUGCUUCCAUUCCAAAGGAGGAGACCUCAACUAACUACAUAUUUAAAAUUCCAGAAAAAGCAGAAGAGCAGGUAAAACCAGAAGAUCCUCCUUCAGAUGAUGAAAUUUUCAUUGUGUAUGAGCUAAUGCCAACUCCUGAGCAAAAAGCCCUUGCAACCAAACUUAAACUUCCUCUAACUUUCUUCUGCUAUAAGAACAAACCAGAUUAUGUUAGUGAGGAAGAAGAGGAUGAUGAAGAUUUUGAAACAGCUGUCAAGAAACUGAAUGGAAAACUGUAUUUGGAUGACUUGGAAGAAAACCAGGCAGAUAAUGAGAAAGAGUGUGUUAUUGUUUGGGAAAAGAAACCAACAGUUGAAGAGAAGGCAAAAGCAGAUACAUUAAAGCUUCCACCUACAUUUUUUUGUGGAGUAUGCAGUGAUACUGAUGAGGACAAUGGAAAUGGGGAAGACUUUCAGUCUGAGCUUCAAAAGGUUCAGCAAGCUCAAAAAUCCCAAAGUGAAGAACUUGCUAAAACAGUCACUAGCACGGCUGACAGUAUGUGUACAGGUGGGACAAACAGGACCUUUCCAUUUACCUGUAAAUCUGAAGAACCUGAUUCUGUGACAGAAUCUGUUAAUUCACUAUCUAUUUCUACUGGUACUGAAGACAAACCUGUAGAUUUGUCUACAAAAAAAGAAACUGAUACAGACUGUACAAGCCAAGUGGAAAGCACAACAGUUCCAUUUGGAUUUGGAAGUAGCACAGGACUGUCAUUUGCAGACUUGGCUUCCAGUAGUUCUGGGGAUUUUGCUUUUGGUUCUAAAGAUAAAAAUUUCCAGUGGGCAAAUACUGGAGCAGCUGUCUUUGGGACAAAGUCAACAAGUAAAACUGGUGAGGAUGAAGAUGGUAGUGAUGAAGAAGUACAUAAUGAAGAUAUCCAUUUUGAACCAAUAGUGUCAUUACCAGAGGUAGAAGUAAAAUCUGGUGAAGAAGAUGAAGAAAUUUUAUUUAAAGAGAGAGCCAAACUUUAUAGAUGGGAUCGAGAUGUCAGCCAGUGGAAAGAACGUGGUGUUGGAGAUAUAAAGAUUCUUUGGCACACAAUGAAGAAUUAUUACAGGAUCCUAAUGAGGAGAGACCAGGUCUUUAAAGUGUGUGCAAACCAUGUUAUUACCAAAACAAUGGAAUUAAAGCCGUUAAAUGUUUCAAAUAAUGCUUUAGUUUGGACUGCCUCAGAUUAUGCUGAUGGCGAAGCAAAAGUGGAACAGCUUGCAGUAAGAUUCAAAACUAAAGAAAUGGCUGAUUGUUUUAAGAAAAAAUUUGAAGAAUGCCAACAGAAUUUAUUGAAACUCCAGAAAGGACAAGUAUCCCUCGCAGCAGAAUUAUCCAAGGAAACAAAUCCUGUGGUGUUUUUUGAUAUUUGUGCCGAUGAUGAACCUCUAGGACGUAUAACCAUGGAAUUAUUUUCAAACAUUGUUCCUCAAACGGCUGAGAACUUCAGAGCACUAUGCACUGGAGAGAAAGGCUUUGGAUUCAAAAACUCCAUUUUCCACAGAGUAAUUCCAGAUUUUGUUUGUCAGGGGGGAGAUAUUACAAGACAUGAUGGAACAGGAGGACGAUCCAUUUAUGGAGAUAAUUUUGAAGAUGAAAAUUUUAAUGUGAAACAUACUGGUCCUGGUUUACUAUCUAUGGCAAAUCGGGGCCGAGAUACCAACAAUUCUCAGUUUUUCAUAACGUUGAAAAAAGCAGAACAUUUGGACUUUAAACAUGUAGUAUUUGGGUUUGUUAAGGAUGGCAUGGAUACUGUGAAAAAAAUAGAAUCAUUUGGUUCUCCAAAAGGGUUGGUUAGUCGGAGAAUUACUAUCACAGAAUGUGGACAAAUAUAA